AUGCGGGGGCCGCUGUCUCACGAGCGAGCGGCGGCGCUGGAGGCUUCGGGAAUAUGGGCGCGAUGGUUGGGGGAGGGCGAGGCGCUGGGUCUGAUCCGAGAUCGCCUGCGCUCGCCGGAGGCGUGGCGCGCAUUCGUCGCGACCGGGCACGACGCGGUCGACGACGCAACCUCCCGGGGCGGAUCGCCGGUGGACGCCGCGUGGCCCGUCGAGCGGCUCGCGAGGCUGCGGCUGAGGAUCCGGGCGAUCCUCUUCGACCCAUCGCUCGAACGUCCGGGCUUCGAACCCCGCGGCGAGGACGUGUAUCACACCGCUGAGGACGACGAGGAGGACUGGGAAGCCGCGGUGGCGGAUGGAGCGUUGGACGAGCUGCUCCGUUCCGACCCGAGGGAGCGGCGCCUUGGGUUCGACCUCGUCCGGACCGAGACGGCCGGGGCGCCCCGCGAGGACCCGGACGAGGGACCCACGGCGGAGGACAUUCCGGGACCCUACCGGGAUCGCCCCUCUUUCGAGGAGAGCCCGGAGAGCGACCCGGAACGAGGAGCCGGGGACUCGGGCGGCGGGUCCGGCGCGGGAUCGCCGGGCGGGACGGAGGGGGCGGACAGCGGCGGGGGCGGAUCCGCCGAGGCCGAGACGUCGCCCGGGUCCCGCGGCGACGAUUCGGCCAAGAAACGCGCGCGAAUCGAAGACGUCGAGGGUCCCGCCGAGGGUAAACUUUCAGAGGGUAAACUUUCCAGGGCGCAAGUCGACGUCGGCGAGCCGCCGGCGAUCGCGCCGCCGUCUCUUCGCGCCGACGGCGACGGCUGGACCGGGCCCAUCGACGACGAGUGGAGGAACCGCACGUUGGCGACGCGUCUGCGCGCGGUCGCGCGCGCGCGCGGGCGCGCCGCGGAUCUGACUGUACCGACGGUACCCCCGGCGGAUCCAUCCCGUCCGUUCGUCGAGGGAUCCUUCCCGCCCUUCCGGUCGCCGCCGCGGCGCACGCCGGAAGGCAUGCGCGACUUUUUGGCCGCGUCGCGCGAACCUGGUUUCGCCCCCGAGCGGUGGGACGUGCGCUGCGCGGUGCCCGCGUUGCCGGGCGGCUGGGACGCGCAUGCCCGUUCGCGGGUGGGUGGAGGCGGCUUUGGCGGGGGCGGCUUUGGCGGAGGCGCGGUUGGAGGCUCGUUCGACGGCGCGGGCGGGGACGAAAGGGCCGGGACGAGGGAGGUUGGUGGCGACGGGGAGGUUGGUGGCGAUCGGUUCUUCGCGCGGGUGCUGACCGGUGACGACGCGUCUCGCAUGUGGCGCAGGGCCGUGGCGGAGAUCGUGUCCGCGAAUGUACGGGCGGGCGGGAGUGAUGACGACGCGGCGGGGGAAUCCGUCGUCGCCGGUUUCGACGAGGCGACGGCGACGGCCCUCGCGGAGAUCGCCGCGGGGUACGUCACGAAACUCGGCGCGAGCAUUCGCGUCGCGAUGGACGAGAGGGCGGCGGCGGAGCGAAGAGAGGCGGCGCGAAGAGAGGCAGCGGCGGGUGGAGGGAACCGCGCGAGUUUCUUCGCGACGAAGGGUGAGUUUGUCGGCGCGGCGACCGUCGCGCGUUGCGUGGCGGCGACGGGGAAGACGACGCUCGAGGGUCUUCGCGCGUUCGCCGCGACCGGCGCGCUCGAGCCCAGGACGGCGAGGACGCGGCGGGGCGGCGUUGGGGUCGCCAAAGUUGGGGUCGCCGCGGGGGUCCCGAACGGGGUCACGCACGGGGUCACACACGGGGCGACACAGCUGGACGGCGCGGCGGUCGCGGGGUUGGAUGUCGGGGUCGGAUGGGACGCACGACUCGGGGCGAUCGUCGACGCGACGCCCACGUGGGUGAGGGCGUCCGAGGGCGGGCGAGGACCGGGCGCGGUGCCGAUGGACGCGUGGGUCGAUAAAAAUGCCAACCCGGGGGAUUCGACUUCGCCGCCGGGGUUCCGCCUGAGCCAGCAGCAGCUCGCCGCGCUGCGGCAGCAGUUCCGCGCCAAGGGGCUCGAGCCCAGCGACGCGGACGUGCAGAGGUACCAGCACGUGUUGCAUCAGCAGAUGACGCAUCGCGCGCGGGACCCGCCGCCACCGGGGGGGGUGCAGAGCCGGGGAACCCUGCCGCCGGGAUCGCACAAGCUCAAGCUCGGCGCGGGUGGAGUCUCGGCUCCCGCCGCGACCGCGCAAGGAUCGAGGCGACCAACGAGCGGCGAGAUGGUCGGCGAUCCGAGGGUGACGAGCCCGGCGGAGUGGAAGCACGAUUACCGAGAGCCGCAACGGCAGGACAUGGGCCGGAUUCACCUGCAGCAGCAGAUGCACCUACAGCAGGAGCAACGCAAGUGA